AUGGGUGGCGGCAGCGUGCUGGGAGGUCACGGCACACUGAUGAGCACGGCGGGCAUGAGCAAUAGUACGGUUGGCGGCGGCGGUAUGUCUGGCAUGGGAGCUCCUCCUGGCAGCUUGUUACAAGGCGGUGGCGCCAAUGGCGGCGCCCCUGGCACUGUCUACGGCAAUGUCAAUGGUGGCGGUGGUGUGGGUGGUGUUGGUGGUGUUGGCGGUGUUAUGGGCGGCGGUCAGAGUACAGCGCCCGGCUCGGUCAUCGAUUCACGAGCCGUCUCUGUGGUGGUCACACUGCCCGGCGGACCCGGCUCUCAGCAUCCGGGGCAGGCAUUGAGCGACUACGGUCCCAUAUAGUUAAUGGUACGCCCGGACACCGCGCACUGGGUCUCAACGAGCAGCUUUAGUCAGCUGUAAGAGUGCAGUUAAUUCCCUCUCUCCAAACAACAAAUCUCUCUCUUCACUCUUUUCACUCUAUCUCUCUGUCUCUGUCUCUGUCUCUCACACCUGUCACUUUCUCGGAGGUUUAUUAAGCGAUUGCCAUAUUAAUUUUUUGUAGCUGUAGUUUGUUUAGAGAAAGGCGCAAAACAGAUUUUAAGCGAUUUGCCCAAGAUUCUAGUCCGUAAACCUUAUAAACACACAUACGAGUAUAUCAGCAGGCGACAAGGGCAAGCAAAGAGAGGCAGCGAGCACAGAGAGAGAGUGGUGAACGCUCUCUAGCUAAUAGUAGUUGAGCGAGAUGGGAACGAGCGAGCGAACCAGGCGCGCAUUUUGUUGUUCUGAAGCGGCUUUACCUUUUGGUUCUUUCCAUUCAAUUCUUCAACAAAAUAGACUGAGAAAUCGAUAAACGAAAUUGCAUUAAACAAACAGAAAUCAAGAGAAGGAAACAAAACAAAUACAAAGAGAGCAAAAGCGUUUGCCAACACUGCCAAGUCAGAGCCACGAGCCAUAUUUCGAAAUUACAAGUAACUUUUAAUCAAACUACCUAAACUAUUAACCUUAACCUAAUACAUAGAGUCACAUUUAAUACAUAUAUAUAUUACGAAGA